GCCAAACGUGCCGGAGGAACGACUUGGCUGUCUUUAGUCCGGUGUCCGUCGUCCAGCUAUACAGUACACUGCCGCACUAUUGUGGCCACUGAUCGCCGCCGUGUCGUACUCGUGCGAUAUAUAUUUUGAAUUUCCGUUUGGUUUUAUUUUCAAAUUACAUAUUAUUAUUAUUAUUUUGUAUCGACGACAGAUUAGAGUAUAAAAAAAAAAACAAGCUUACGCGUUAUUGCUAAUUUAUUUGUUUUUUUUUUUUUUACUAUUAAUUACCCAAAUAUCAUCAUUGUGUCGCGAGUUUCAGUGUUGAGUUCGCCCAUAUGACCGUCGCCCGUGCCGCAAAAUCAGUCUAGUGUUUGUGCGAGUGUGCGGGAGUGUCGUGUGCGAUGGCGUUGAACGCCACUACGUGCUACAACAAGACGACCAGCUAUGACCCGUACCCAAGUCUAGGCGCGGUACCGUCGGCCGUACCGACAGCCGCCGCUUCUUACCGCGCCAAGGACUUCAACGUGCCGCUCCACGUCGACUGCAGCGUCGAAUACGAGAUGCCCAGUUCGGCCAAGCCGCCGACCAGCGGCAAAGUCGAGCCGCUGCUCAUGAUCCACCCGUCGUAUUACCGCAAAGCCGAGAGCCGCACGCGUCCGCUGUUCGUCAACAACAUGCCCACCGCGGCGGCGGCUACGGCCUCGUCGUCCACCAGCAGCCGCAGGAUCGGCGGCCGGUCAGCGCCCAUGGGCGGCGCGGACGCGUGCUCUGCCGCCGACGGUCCGCCACCCGCGAAAAAACCGUACGCCGGACCCGCGCCCGGCGUCACCGCGUCCUCCGUGGCCGGCGCGUACGGCAUGGUGGCCGGAGCCGUGGCCGCGGCCGCAGGCGCGUCCCAGUGGCCUCUGUUGGGCUCCAGCGCCGAGCACCAGAACCACGACGGUAAACGCACGUUGGACAUAGUACAACGGCAGUACCAACAGCACCUGCAGGCCAGCUUACCGCCGCCCAUGAUGACGGCCGCCUUGCCAACGGAUAAAACCCACUUGACAGUGCCCAAAGGGUGUUCGUGCUGUCAGGCGAAACUAAGACGCAAGUCCCAUCAACAACAACAACCACAACAACCUCAGCAACACCUUCAGCCAUCUCACCUUCAACAACAACAACCUCACCACCAACAACACCACCUACACCAACAACAACAGCAGCAACAGCAACAACAACAACAGCUUCACCACCAUCAACAACAACAACAGCAGCAGCAGCAACAACAACAACACCAGCAAAAGCAACAACAGCAGCAGCAGCAACAACAACAACACCUCCAACACCACCAUCACCAUCACCACCAAACUCAUUACCAACAGCAACAACAACAACAACAGCAACACCACGAGUAUAACAAUAACAACAAAAGAAUUAACGACCAUCUACCUCUGCCCCAGACCGCGUUGCCCGCCCCUCCAACGGCUCUUUGGGGUUUCAACGGUACCAUCGCGGCGGUACUGCGCAACGAGUACAGCGGUAAACCGGCCAAGACGUUGGGACGGAUCACCGACCCCAUCAACAACAUACUCACACCGACUUACAUGUUCUAAAGGUCCGGAUCCGCACACGAGGUAUAAUACGCCUUUGUACACGCGUUGUUGUUUUUUUAUAAUAAUAUAAAUAAAAUACAUUUAUAUUAUUUUGUCUGAAAGUAGUACGACAAAAAUCUACCUACUGUUGUAAGCGCGAGAAAUACAUGUUUUUUUUUUUUUAAAUUAUACAUUAUUAGAUUUGCACGUUUUAAUGUAUACACGAUAAUUAUAUUAGGUGUAUACUACCAUCUAAGACUGUGCGUUUGAUGUCAUAGCGCGCGUAGGCUCUCCGAGGAAAUUGUCUUAUGAGAUGUCAUAAAAAAUAAUAAAAUUAACGUUAAAAAAUACCGUUAGUUUUGUCAAUAAUAAAACUAAUACACUACAAACGCGCUUUCUACCGGGUGUAUGUCCGACCGCCAUUUUGUUGUUAAAAAAUCUCGUGUGGGUGGUUUCCCCAAGGAACAUUUGUGUUGGAUGUAUAAUUUUUGUUUUUUUGAUUUUUCAAUUUGCACACAACACCGUUACGUGGCUAGUUGUAAAUUGUAACUGAAAAAAACAAAAA